ACCUAUCUGAUAAAUUAUCUGAUAAAUAUGUUGUUUCAUUUUUAUCUAGAAAUCUUGCAGCUAAUGAAUUUUUGAAAGAGUUUAAUGAAGCUGAGAAUUCUGUAAAUAUAAAUGAUAUAUCUACAGAGUUAGAACAAACAGUAAUUAGUAAAAAAAGCAAAAAAAAAGUACUAGAAGAAAAAGUUGAAAUAAGAGUGAAAAAAUAA